AUGCAGCCUCUCUGCCUUGGUCAUGAAAGGUCUUACUUGUUGCAGUUUAAGGAAAGCUUUGUCAACAAGAAGUCCGCUUCUUCUGAACCGUGGGCUUAUCCCAAGGUUGCAUCCUGGACAUCAGAAGGAAACAACAAUGACUGUUGCUCAUGGGAUGGGGUAGAGUGUGAUGAGUUCACGGGCCAUGUGAUUGGCCUUGACCUCAAUAGUAGCUGUCUCUACGGUUCUAUUAACUCCUCCAGCAGCCUUUUCCAUCUUGUUCAUCUUCAAAGGCUUAAUCUUGCUGACAAUCAUUUUAAAUACUCUCAAAUCCCAUCCACCGUUUCCAAUCUAUCUAAACUAACUCAUCUUGAUCUCUCUUCUUCUGCAUUUGCUAGUCAAAUCCCAUUAGAAGUUUCACAAUUGUCCCAAUUGUCAUCCCUCAAUCUAAGUGGAAAUGCUUAUUUAGAACUCAAGAAGCCUAGUUUGAGAAGUCUAAUUGAAAAUUUAACUUUCCUAGAAAAACUUGAUUUGAGAGAGGUGGAAAUAAUCUCCAUGGUGCCUAAUAUCUUGGCAAAUUUGUCUUUUCUAACCUCACUCAGACUUCGUGACUGCAGAUUGUAUGGGGAAUUUCCAGUUGGCAUCUUCAAGCUUCCGAAUUUGCGAGUUCUUGAUAUGCAGCAGAAUGAAGGUCUCACCGGCCAUUUGCCUGACUUUCAAUCGAGCAGCACCCUCGAGAUAAUGAAUCUCGCAAAAACAAAUUUCUCAGGUAAGCUACCUGCUUCAAUCGGAAACCUUGGGUCUCUGACUACAAUUUUAAUAUGGGGUUGCAACUUCUAUGGGUUAAUUCCAUCUUCACUUGGCAACCUCACGCGUCUAAAUUCUCUGGAUCUUUCAUAUAACACCUAUAAGGGACGCAUUCCAUCUUCCUUUGGAAACCUUGCACAACUUUCUUCUCUUUACCUUACCAGUAAUGAAUUCACUAGCCCAAUUCCAUCUGUGCUUGCAAAUCUGACACAACUAACUGCCUUGAAUCUUGGUGACAACAAGUUUGUAGGCCAGAUUCCAAGCUCGAUCUUUAACCUUACAAAUCUAGAAUUUCUUAGUCUUUCCGAUAACUACUUUAGUGGCACUGUGGAGUUUGACAAGUUUGUAAAGCUCAAAAAGUUAACUACAUUGUAUCUAUCUAACAAUCAAAUAUCAUUACUUGAAAGUGAAGCCAGUGCCAAUAGAACCCAUCAAAAAUUUGUAGGUAUAGGAUUAUCUCGAUGCAACUUGAGUAAGUUCCCGAAUUUCCUAGCAAACCAAAAUGAAUUGGAGUUGCUAAACCUACAAGGCAACAAUAUUCAUGGUCAAGUACCAGAAUGGGUUUGGAACAUGAGUAAAGAAAGUCUAAAGUCUAUCAACCUUUUUGACAACUUUCUUACGGGCCUUGGUCAACAUCCCAUUCUUCUUCCAUGGACCAAUCUGGCCAUUUUAGACCUUUCGUCUAACAAUAUCCAAGGAUCACUUCCAAUUCCAUCACCUUCCACUUUGCAAUACCACGCAUCACACAAUUCAUUCAUUGGAAACAUUUCUGAGUUGAUUUGUAACCUGAGUUCUCUUCAGGUCCUUGAGUUGUCAGAGAACAACUUAAGUGGUCCACUUCCUCAAUGCUUGCACAGUUUUGGUGAUUCUUUGGUCGUAUUGGAUAUCCGAAGGAACAAAUUCGAAGGAAGCAUCCCACAAACUUGGGCAUGUUAG